AGUGCGCGGCGUGAUCCUAUGAAUUCCAAAAUGAAAAAGAAACUUCCCGUGGAAAAAUCAUCAGGUUCUCUACAGAAGUACUUCUCAGAUACCAUAUGCAAUACUGCCCCAAGACGGACUCUCAAAAUGAUUCAGCCUUCAGCUGCAGGCUGCCUGGUUGGCAGACAUAAUGAGGAGAAAUCUUCAAUCAAAAGGAAACUCUGGAAUAGCAAGCUAACUUCAAAGGUGUGCAAAACUGAGACUGCUGUGGACAAUGAGCAAGAAAAUGAAAACACAGAUGAUGUCAUUCAAGCAGUAGAUCUCAUGAUAAAAAAAAGUCCUUCAUCUCAGUACUGGAAAGAAGUGGCUGAACAAAGGAGGAAGGCUCUGUAUGAAGUACUUCAAGAAAAUGAGAAGUUGCACAAAGAAAUUGAAAAGAAAGAUUGUGAAAUUGCCUCUCUAAAGGAAGAAAACGAAGAGCUCCUGUCACUAGCGGAACAUGUGCGUUACAUGACCAGCGUGAUUGAGAGGCUAACUGGGCAAGUACCUGACAAUCUUGAGGCACUGAAAACUCUGGCUCUAGAGGAUUUUGAACAAGAAAAUGAAGAAAUUAACUCUGGGGAUGUAGAUGACUCUCCUGAAGAAGGGCCAGUACAAGUAUAGUGUGAUUUGAGGAAGGUUAACUUUCACUUUGUUUAAAACAAAGUCUGAAGUAAAGGGGUUCAUGCAUGUGGCUUUUUUAAUUGCAGACUUCCUCUUGAAAAGGUCUACUAAAGUUUCUGACAUAGAGAAACUCUUGUGGGAGGAUUAGAGAUGUUUGUUUUAACUGGAAUUAUGUAGCAGUGGGAGUAACUUGAUACCAAUUAGAAAACGUUACAGGCUGCACUUAGUUGCUUGUAUAAAUGCAAAUACUGUGUAUUUCAACCUUUUUUGUAAAUAGUAUCUUGUCAGUUGGUCUGACAUGAUACAUGAAAACUGAUAAAUAAAUCUUUACCAAAACA